AUGGAUGUAGAAGGAAAGAAAUGGUUGUCGUUUCCGAGGUAUAGUGAAAUAUAUAGGCAGGGGGUGAUAGAUUUUGUUAGAAAUGCAUUUAAAAAUCAUGCCGUAGGAAAUGAGUUGAAGUGCCCUUGUAGGAAAUGUAGUAAUCGAUUCUGGAGUGGUGCAACUGCUAUAGGUGACCAUCUGAUAUGCAAUGGACCUUCUCCACAGUGUGUUGAUUGGAUUCAUGAAGUCUCGAUGCUUAGGACAGACCGUGUUGUUGACGAGAUGGAGACUGAUCAUAUAGGUAUGGGAUUAGGAGAUGAGUUUGAUGUCAUGCUACAUUAUACAUAUGGUAAUGUGACUAGUAGUGGUGAAGAUGGAAUUAGAAAGGGAUUAAAUGAUGAUGCGAAGAAAUUUUAUCGACUUGUUAAGGAGGGUGGACAACCUUUAUAUCCUAACUGUAAAAAAUUCACUCAAUUGAGUUUUAUAGUUAGGCUUUACCAAGUAAAGUGCAUUCAUGGAUUUAGUGAGGCGGUCUUUACUGCGUUACUUGAGUUAAUAAAGGAGGUUUUUACCGAUGUAAAUCUACCAUCGUCGUUUAAUGUGGCAAAGGGUAUGAUUAAAGACUUAAGUCCUGGUUACCAAAAGAUACAUGUAUGUCCAAAUGACUGCAUGCUCUUUUGGGGAGAAAAUGAGAGGCUGGAUAAGUGCACAAAGUGUGGAACAUCAAGAUGGAAACUACAUGAAGAGAAAAUUGAUUCGGUUGAGAACAUGGAUGUGUUAAAAGAAUCUAAGGUCCCAGCAAAAGUAAUGAGAUAUUUUCCUUUAAAGCAAAGGCUGCAAAGAAUGUUCAUGAGCUCUGAUUUCUCUAACUCAAUGACAUGGCAUGCUUCAGCAAGGAAGAAGGAUGGAAAGUUAAGGCAUCCAGCUGAUGGUGAAGGUUGGCAGUUAAUGGAUGCCAAAUAUCCUGAGUUUGCUGCAGAAAUUCGAAAUGUAAGGUUGGGCUUAGCAUCGGAUGGAUUUAACCCUUGUCGAUCAAUGAAUAUUUCUCAUAGCACCUGGCCAGUUGUCUUAGUAAAUUACAACCUUCCACCCUGGUUAAUCAUGAAACCGGAAAAUAUUAUUCUAUCAACCUUAAUCCCUGGCCCUGUUGGAGUAGGUAAUGAAAUUGAUGUAUAUAUGCAGCCCUUAAUUGCAGAGUUGAAAAAGUUAUGGGGUGUUGGUGUUGAGACUUAUGAUGCAAGGUCUAAUAGCACAUUUAAGUUACACGCAAGUCUCCUUUGGACGAUAAGUGAUUUUCCGGGAUAUGCAAUUUUAUCAGGAUGGAGUACGAAAGAUAAGCUGGCGUGUCCUUUAUGCCACUAUGAGACCUCAUCAAAUUAUCUAAAAUACAGUAGAAAGGUUGUCUAUUUGAACCACAGGAAAUUUCUUCCUCCUGACCACAAGUGGAGGUCUGAUAAGUGCAAAUUUAAUGGACAAGUGGAAGUUCUAGCUGCUCCUGAAAUGUUAACAGGAAUGCAGGUAGAGGAGUUGUUGUGUGGUUAUGAGAAUGAUUUUGGGAAGAAACAGAAAAAGCAAAAGUGUUCUUCAUCAAACAGCCCUUGCAAGAAAAAAUCCAUUUUUUUUGAGCUACCAUAUUGGAGUAGUAAUAUGGUCAGGCAUAACCUUGAUGUUAUGCAUAUUGAGAAGAACCUUUGUGACAAAAUUUUGGGGACUUUGUUAAAUAUUGGGGGUAAAACAAAAGAUCACCUUAGUGCUCAUAUGGAUAUGGAAGAAAUGGGGAUUAGAAAGAUUCUACAUCCUAUUAAAUGCGGUGAUAACAAAAAAGUUAAAAUUAGAGCAGCAAGUUUUGAUAUGACAAAAAAAGAGAAAGAGAUUUUUUGUUCUGUCUUCAUGAAUGCGAAGUUUCCACAUGGAUCGGUAUCUAAUAUUAGUCGUUGUGUUUUCAUGAAGGAGCGGAAGAUAGCAGGUUACAAGAGUCAUGAUGCGCAUGUUAUCCUUCAAUAUUUAUUGCAAUUUGCAGUGGUUAAAACACUUAAACCUGAGGUAGCAAUACCUUUGAUGAGGUUAAGUGCAUUCUUAAGGGGUAUAUGUGGCAAGGUCAUCGAAUUAGAAGAUGUUGAAAAGUUGCAGAAGGAAAUAAUCGAAAUACUUUGUGAGCUUGAAAUUGAAAGGCAUAUGUUUAGCCUAUUUGUAAUUAAAGAGGUACCAACUCAACUCUGA